AUGGCUGGUUUGCUUAUUGAACGCGGCACCGAAUCAGGAAAAAUCUCCCACAGCAAACAGCUCAGUCCGAGAAGAGACGCGCAGCAAGUUGGCAGGCGGAUCAGCGCGAGCGCGAGAGUGAGUGUGAGCGCGCGACCACAAACUGCACCUGCAGCACCGAUCCAUGCACUGAUAUUGAUUUUUGGAGCUUUUGUUGUUGUUGGUUUUGAUUCCUCGGUUCAGGAAGCGAAAAGCAUCGGAGAGGGGAGGGGGAGCAGAAGUUUUUCAGCCGGACUGAGCUCGCGUUGUUGGGAGAGGAAGGGGGGCCGAGGAUCGGCAGGAAUGUCCCAGAAGGAGAGACCCGCUUUCUACCGACAGGAGCUUAAUAAAACCAUAUGGGAGGUACCUGAGAGGUACAAGAACCUCGCUCCGGUCGGUUCGGGCGCUUAUGGAUCUGUAUGCUCGGCGUAUGACGUAAAGACGGGCCUGAAGGUUGCUGUGAAGAAGCUGUCACGACCUUUCCAGUCCAUCAUCCACGCCAAGCGCACCUACCGAGAACUGCGGCUGCUCAAGCACAUGAAACACGAGAAUGUGAUUGGCCUGUUGGAUGUGUUCACGCCCGCCACCACCCUCGAGGAAUUUACCGAUGUGUACCUCGUGACUCACCUAAUGGGCGCUGACCUCAACAACAUCGUCAAAUGCCAGAAGCUAACAGAUGACCAUGUGCAGUUCCUCAUCUAUCAGAUUUUGCGUGGCCUAAAGUACAUUCAUUCAGCAGACAUCAUCCACAGAGACCUGAAGCCCAGUAACCUGGCUGUAAAUGAAGACUGUGAGCUUAAGAUCCUGGACUUUGGCCUUGCAAGACAUACAGACGAUGAGAUGACGGGCUAUGUGGCUACACGAUGGUAUCGUGCACCUGAGAUCAUGCUCAACUGGAUGCACUACAACAUGACAGUGGACAUCUGGUCUGUGGGCUGCAUCAUGGCCGAGCUUCUCACUGGACGGACUCUGUUUCCUGGCACUGAUCAUAUUGAUCAGUUGAAGCUUAUCAUGCUGCUCGUCGGAACCCCAGGGCCCGAGCUCUUGAUGAAAAUAUCUUCGGAGUCUGCCAGAAACUACAUAAAUUCUUUGCCGCACAUGCCAAAGAGGAACUUCGCGGAUGUAUUCAUUGGUGCCAACCCAUUAGCCGUGGACCUGCUGGAGAAGAUGCUGGUUUUGGACACGGAUACGCGGAUCACGGCCUCAGAGGCGCUGGCCCACCCGUACUUCGCGCAGUACCACGACCCGGAAGAUGAGCCUGAGGCCGAGCCUUACGACCAGAGCUUCGAGAGCCGAGAGCUGGACAUUGAGGAGUGGAAAAGACUGACGUAUGAAGAAGUCCUGAGCUUUGAGCCGCCCGUGUUUGACGGAGAUGAGAUGGAGUCAUGAGUCUGUCUUUCCUCACCUCCUGGAGCGACAGAAGCUGCCUCAUAACCACCUUUAAACAGAAAAAAAAACACACACACAAACACACAGCGUGACAUUAAAGGAACAGUCUGACCAAAAACUGUUAAUGCUCAUCAAGAAUGGAAGCUGUAGCCUUGAAUUAGCAUCAUGCAAAUAGAACUGUGCUAAUUGGGGGCCGUUGGGUUCCAUUAGUGGUUUAAGGACGGACAUUAGCAUAGUUUGGUUACAUUGCUCCUUUAAAGUGCCUGUGCCAUCAUUCAGUACUGGCUUCCCAAUUAUCAGAGACUAUUUAUAAGUGGAGGAAAACGAAAACACAUACAGACGCCUCCACUAUGGACACUGAGAAUGUAGAGUAUUACUGAGUAAUAUUUUUUUCUCUAUUGCUGUUAUUGGAUCUGUUUUCUUUCUAUCCGUUUUUACUUUGAAAUGUCAUUUUAAAAUGAUAGUAGAAUUUUCAUGAGAUAUUAUUAUUUAAAUUUGAGGAUGGGGGGGGGUUGGGGGGAAUAGCAAUCAUAUCUGUCUUCUACUAUCACACUUUUUGGCAUGUAGUUUAUUCUCAAAAGUACGGUCCCUGCUUUCAGCCGGUACAGUAACAAUGGCCGUGAGGCGUUCUUAAAUGAGUCACGUUAGUGUUUUUAGAGCUGUAAAUAAAACAUUGCGCUUGUAAAUAAAUAAGAUUGUGCAGGAGCGUUAGUUUUACGGAGUUCCAUCCUCUGUUGUUGAUGCAGAGAAGGAAUCAGGAGUGGAAUCAAUCAGUGAAUGUAAAAUAGACCAUGUGUUGUGCAGGAUGAGCUCAUGUCUGUGUAUCAACGCUCUCCCUUUAUCUCUUAACCUCAAAGUUUAUCCAGCAUCUCUUAACCUUUAUCCAGCAUAGGAAUCCCCGGGGACUCCAGGUGAUCUACGUUUUUGUUCCUUACCAGCUCCAGGCACAACAGUACCAUGUGUUUAGUGCUCUUGAUUUAGGUUGAUUUAUGAUUUAGGCAUGUUCUGAGCUGGAAGGGAGCAAAAAUGAGGAGUGUUUAGGGUUUUUGGGAAACACCGUGCAACUGCCAUAUUUUUUGUUCUUCCAAAUUGUAGAAAAUAUAUCUUAAGUAGUGCUUGAUAAGCAAAAGAAUGUCUGACUUCCUUCUUAUACGCGGCCUGUGGGUUGAUCGUGGGAUUUUGCUAUUUAUAAAUAUGAAAAUUCACCAGAAAUUUGAGACGCAUCAUGUAUUUGUUUCUCGCGCCAUCUUUAGAUGAAAUGUACACCUGACCGCCUGUCUUACAGCCUGGCCCUUUGGCCUCUUUUUUUGUGCUGUAUGUUAUUAUUUACAUCAUUUUUUCAAACAGAGCACUGUUCAGUCAGUCGAAUGGGUAAAUUACACUGUGUCGAGUGUUAAGGGAGUCGUAGUGGCUUGCUCCAGUAUGAUUGGAUCUCUGAGUGUCCUGUAAUGUCAUAAUCCUCCUUCAGGAUGCCUUUUUCUCACAGCCUGAUGAUUCUCAUUUGCUGGUAUUUUGAGCAGGUCUCGGUGCUGCUUCAGACCAUGUCAAUCUGAGCCAAAAUCUGAGUGUGAUCCCAUUUUAGCACAGAAGACCAACUCCAAGAAUGUGGGUACAUCUCAAACCCCUUACUCUAAUAAAAUAGGAUAAGACACACAUACCUGCAUACAUGCAAGUGGCAUACAAUUUUGAUAUUCCAGUUAAUGAGGUUUGGGACACAGAUUUUUUUUUUUUUUUUUUUUGAACACAGUAAACCGUGCCAGCAUCUAACUUAUUAUAUUAGUAAUAUUUGUUAAGAUUAUUUCGAGUGUGUUUUCCAUGGUGUAUAUUAUUAAUUUCAUUCUGCAAUAUUCUGUUUUGAGCAUGAUUAGCAAUGCGUGAGGGAAUGUAAGGCUGUUUUUGUAUGUUUACAAUAAUUCAUUAAAAAAAAUCACAAAAGUGGUCAGUCAUACACCAGGUUAUCCAUAAUUGUGUUGUUUUCAUGUGGUCUUUUUGUAAUACAAAAGGAAAGACACUCAAGUCCUUUUGUACCACUUGGCUAAUUCAUCAGUGCAAGCAGCUGACAACCUGUAAACCACUGGUAGUACAAUAAAGGCAAUUAUUAUUUUUCAA